ACACGCACCCAAACUGCUUUUGCCCUGGAAGCAGUUUACACUUAACACACAUACAGGCUGGACUUCUACAUGCAGUUCGUGUGCUUUAAGUUUUAUCUUUUCCGUUUUUUCACUGACUUGUUUUCACAUUCUAAAAGCUGCCACUUGAUGAUGAAUUGAACCAAUGGCCGACAUCAUAAAUCCGGAGAAUGAAGGAGAUCUGCAGUCUCAAAUCGAAGAGGUUGAAGCUCUGUCUUCCAUAUAUGGUGAUGACUGGUGUGUUAUAGAUGAAGCAUCCAGAAUAUUUUGCAUCAAAAUAUCCAGUGACUUAGAGGAGCCAAAACUGACAGCAUGUUUGCAGAUAAUUCUCCCACCUGAGUAUCCGAGCGCAGCCCCGCCCAUCUACCAGAUCAAUGCAGCAUGGUUGCGAGGCCCUGAGAGGGCCAAAUUGGCAAACAGCCUGGAAGACCUCUAUGUGGAGCACGUGGGGGAGAGCAUCCUCUACCUGUGGGUGGAGCAAAUUAGAGAAUUCCUGGUGGAGAAAUCCCAGAACUCAGAAACAGGGGAUCUACAAGAAAAGGUGAACAUGACAGCUGAGGACGAAGUGGAUGAUGAUGAUGAUGAUGACGACGAAGACAUACCUGACUUCAGGACUCUCAAAAUGAACACAGAAAAUGCACAUCUCUUCAUGGAUCCUGCAAACGAUGAAGAGGUACCUCCAAUAAAACAUGGAAAUACCAUCACAGACAGACGCAGCACCUUCCAGCCUCACUUAGCACCUGUGGUGACUCCCAGACAGGUUAAAAUGGUCCUGGAGAAGCUGUAUGAAAACAAGAAGAUUGCUAGUGCCACUCACAAUAUUUAUGCAUAUAGGAUUUACUGCGAGGACAAGCACAGCUUCUUGCAGGACUGCGAGGACGAUGGCGAGACAGCCGCAGGGGGGAGGUUGCUCCACUUGCUGCAGGAUGAGGCCACCAGAUCAGGAGCGAAGACCAAAAGGCCAAAAAGCAAGAAGACCAAAUGAAUUUCAAAAGAAGAAAAAUGACAUUUGUACAGUUUUGCUGUUUACUUCGGUGAAAAGGUUGUUUUUAGAUUUAGAUGCACCUUGAGACUGAUUCCUUGCAAUUACAAAUAAUUUAUUCACAAUAACUAAGGUAAUAAAAAGUCUCUUAGGAAUUUUGAAUUGUUAUUUCAGAUGGAUGCUUUACCUCUUGAAAUUAAACGUUUACAGUACAUUUUUCCAUUAACACAAUCAAACAGUGGGGAUUGGUACAGAAACUAUGACCUCGACAUGUGUUUGUAUUUGUGCAGGCGUCGCACAGUAGAACAGUGCACCACCACUCCAGAGUCUUUUAAAUCUUCCUGAAGGUCUUUUGCAGUGAAACGGGUUUUGAUUUGCCUCUCUAGCAAUUCUACGAGCAGUUCUCUCGGAAAGCUUUCUUGGUCUUCUAGACCGCAACUUGACCUCCAAUGUUCCUGUUAACUCCCAUUUCGUAAUUACAUUACGAACUGAGAAAACGACUUCCUGAAAACGCUUUGCUAUCUUUUUACAGCCUUGUACUGCUGUGUGGGCAUCAAUUAUUUGAACAAGCCAUAGCCCUAACAAGCUAAUUAAGGUCUGAGAC